UCGGCCCGGGCUCUGAAGUGGUGGUGGCACAAGUUGUAAAGUUCAGUGAAAGCAGUGGCCUGGGAAUCAGCCUGGAGGCUUCGUCCGGCCAUCAUUACAUCCGAUCCAUCCUUCCCGAAGGGCCCGUGGGACGCAAUGGCAAGCUAUUUAGUGGCGACGAGCUUCUCGAGGUUAACGGCAUUUCCCUCGUUGGGGAGAACCACAAGGAUGUGGUGAAGAUCCUGAAGGAGCUCCCAAUCCACGUCUCCCUGGUCUGCGGCCGCCCUAGUCAGCACAUGGAGAGCGACAGCAGUGCCGGUGACCUCCGCUUCCCAGAAGAGCCCUUGUACCCGCCCGAAAAGGCACAAAUCCAUCUAAGUGGGCUCACCGGCUUCACUGAUACAGAUGAUCUGAAGAUAGAGGACAUCGUCAUGGAGGGCCUCGCAGAAGACCCCUUGGCCUCCUCUUUGGCAAUGUGGGAGAAGGACGUCCAACAUAUCGAGCUAGCGAAGGGCGACUCUGGGCUGGGGUUCAGCAUCUUGGAUUAUCAGGACCCUGUGGAUCCGGUGAAGACCGUGAUUGUCAUUCGCUCUUUGGUUCCUGACGGCGUGGCAGAACGAGACGGACGACUUUUGCCAGGGGACAGGCUCAUGUUUGUCAACGACACCAACCUGGAAAAUGCGAGCCUAGAGGAUGCCGUGCAGGCCCUGAAGGGCGCACCCGUGGGCACCGUGAGGAUCGGAGUGGCCAAACCGUUACCACUUUUGCCAGAGGAGAGCUGCGCCUUGGAGAAGGACGACUCGAUGUUCUACACGGCCCAGCAGUUUGAAGAGGAGGAGCCGGCCGAAGCUGCCGUUUUCCAUGCCGAACUCGCCCUGGUGGACGGCAGUGACCCGGACAUGCCACGUGAUCAGUCGUGUGACUCGCCGCACUGUGCAGAUGUGUCCAUGUUGGCUCUUCAUGGCAGCACGUGCAGCGCAGAUCUCGACUACAGGCUGACUCUUCAGUCUUCUACUCCAAAGACUGUUGACGAAGACUGCUUGGCAAGCCCCCCGUUGUCGCCAGUUCCCGAGGCUGCUGUUGGAGCUGAGAUGUCAUUUCGUACAGAGAUCCUCACGUUUCCCUCUCAGUCCUGGAUGGCAUCAGGCCCACUUUUGAGGAUAGAAAUGCCCAAGCCAUGUCCCUUGGAGUCCCCACAGUGCUCUGUGCCCGCUGACGAGAGCGAUGGAGGCCUUCACGACCUGGAGAGACGACUUGAACUGCCAAGUGCAGAAUGCCAGCCCGCUUCUGCAGGCAUGUUCGGCAGGGACAGAUGCGCCACCCCAAAUGUGGACUUUGGUUCAACUGCUAAGGAGGAAGAAGAACAUCUGGAGGAUCACUGCUGCUUGGAUGGCGGGAUACUCACUAUGGCUGUGCCAGGGAGCCACUUUGAACGGACCAUCGCUGUCGUCAAGGGCAACUCCAGCCUGGGGAUGACUGUGAGUGCCCAAAAGGAUGGCUUGGGCAUGAUUGUUCGCAGCAUCAUCCACGGUGGCUCCAUCAGCCGGGACGGCCGGAUUGGCAUUGGAGACUGCAUCCUGGCUAUCAACGGAGAGACGACCGUGAACCUCACCAACGCUCAGGCCCGCGCCAUGUUAAGGAGACACUCGCUUAUUGGGCCAGACAUAAGCAUUUCCUACGUGCCGGUUGAAUACCUGGAGGAGUUCAGAGUCAGCCUGGGCCGCCCUGCAGAGGACGCGGUUUCCAUCGACGGCAGCCACUCGACUUGCGGAGAGCUGCCCGAUUUACCAGAGAGGGAGGAGGGAGAAGGAGAAGAAAGCGAACUGCAGAAUGGCACCCACAACAGCUGGAAUCAGCCCAGAAGAGUGGAGCUGUUUCGAGAGCCUGGAAAGUCGCUUGGCAUCAGCAUCGUUGGUGGCCGAGGAAUGGGAAGCCGGCUGACCAAUGGUGAGAUGAUGAGAGGAAUCUUCAUCAAGCACAUCCUCAGUGACAGCCCGGCUGGGCGAAACGGGACACUAAAGACAGGAGACAGGAUAGUUGAGGUGGAUGGCAUGGACCUCCGAGAUGCGAGUCACGAGCAGGCGGUCGAAGCAAUCCGCAAUGCUGGAAACCCAGUGGUGUUCAUGGUGCAGAGUAUAGAGCCUCGACCUCGGGUAAGUGUCCGUCGGCUUAAACACGCUGGCCGUUUCACUUUCCUUAGCAGUAGAAGGUUUAUGAAGAAUGGCGAGCGCGCGCCCAGGUCAAAACCGAGUUUAAAGCAGGGACCACCAAGGAGCUCGGCUGGCACAGCACAACAGUCACCUUUCAGUUUUUCCAGUUUUCCUCUUAAAAUCUCUUGGUGGCGUCUCUGUGACACUUGUCAUGUGAGCCCACAGUCCUGUGUAGAUCAGGUGCCACACAGGUGCCAUGCUGGGCAGCACCAGUCUCAUUACAGCGAUUAUAUUUGUAGCAGGGCUCUGAGCCUCUGCUCGUGAAGUACACAACGCAAAUUCAGUUCAAGUUGGCUUGUUGCGCUUUAUAUGCCCACUUUUCACUGAUCUCUGUAUGGGGAGGCACGAUCCACAGACCCCCAGAGUCGCUUGUAGUGGCACGUUAUGUCUGGGGAUGUGGGCAUAAAGCACAGGUCCACACCUACUCCACAUACCCUCACUCAGUGCUGGCACACAUCUUUCAUAGCAGCCCCAGUGUCCUGCGCCAUGAUGCGAUACGCUGACCUGUGUGGACUUGGGGUCCCGGACAGCGCAAGCUGAGAGGUACUGCUUGGUGUUCCCAGCGUUUUAAACGUUUUAUUUUUCUGCUGACCAAGCAGUCACGCUCUGAGCACAUCUCUGCUUUCCCUUGUGCCCCCCCUGCCUGCUCCGCUGAUGGUCGACCCCACUUUGCAUGGACUGCGCCUGACUUUUCAUUUUCCAGCCCGAGUCUCUGUGUAGCUUGCCAUCAUCUCCU